GUGUUCCGCAUACAGAAGGAAGUGCUACAAAACUUGCCAUCGUCUUAUUUUAAAUCAAUGCCUAUUCAUUCUCUUCUACAUCUCAUUGAAAUUUGGAAAUGGACUUGAAUAUCUGAAGUAUUUUUUGAAAGUAGAAAACGGUCUUCUCAAGGAAGGUAAAACAUUGAUGACACUUGACGUGGAUGACUCCAGCUGUUCGAAGAGGUGUUUGGAAACUUCUGCAUGUAAAUCCUUCGUGAGUAGAACGAUAAGUCCAAGCUGUAUUUUAUACGAAGAUGACGCAACAGAGAAGAUACUAAUAAAAGCAACUGAUACCUAUUUUUAUCAGUUGAGAAGAUCUGUGCCGACCAAGUAUACAGACGGAAGAUGUCCUGUGGAUUUCAUUUAUAACAAUCACCUUCCUGGUGAGAAUGAUUUGGGUGUCACUUACGGUGUUAAUUAUACGCAGUGUUUCUACAUUUGUGAAGCAGAACCAACCUGUCAAUCGUUUGACUACGACACUGGAUACGAAAGUUGCUCUGUAUCAACUUAUAACCAUACCCAAGCAGGUUUGCGUCAACUCAAUGGUGACAUUUAUACUGAAAUAAACAGAAAACUUUGGAAUGAUUUCAAGCAGUCACAUGCAUUAGAGAAGAUUAACUCUGUGGGAUGUGGUAUAAGCAUUUUCGACUCUUAUUUCUUUCUUGAUGAAAAAGAAAUUAAUGAUUUGACAGCUUAUUCAACUUUUUCCUUCAAACCAAAUCCAUAUCUCGUCCUUGUAACCGAGGCAGAAGUGGAUGCUCGCUCUGUCUUGGAUUGUUCACGUUUAUGUAUGAAAAUGUGGACAACAAAAGGAAUAUACACUAUUUUCCGGUAUGCUGUACAUAUUGAUGUGAUUUACAAAGCCCUGGAUUGGAACUGCGACAACUGGAGUCAAACAAUGUUUAUGAAACUGUUCUGA